AGCUCCAGUAGCUACUACGAUCGUUCUUUCUUACACAGCUUAACAAUGCAUCGUUUCCCCCAAUUGCCUCUAUAACCAAACUAUUAACCAUUCUAAUCAUCAUCCAUUCAUUCAUUCUUUGACUUCCAACCAUCAAGAUACCCCACUUGCAUUUGUUUAUCGCAUUGUUCUAACUGCCAAACUAUUUACUCUCGCCCCCCUCCGCCGCGAUGUUCUCCGUCAUAAUCCCAGGCAGACCCUGCCUCACAGACAUCGUCCCAGUCGACCCCCAACCCAACGGCCAAUCCACCAAAUUCGCCUUCACAAUCCCCCUCACCCCAGACCUCUCCGACAUCGUCGUCUUCCUCCUCCCCGGCACUGUCCUGCCCCCAGACACAGCCGCCGCAAUCUACAUCCAAUUCCCCUCCGACCCCAACGGCUUCCGCUUCAUCGGCGCCCUCGCCAACGAAAAACCCUCGUCAAUCCUCCCCACAUCCCCACCCCCAAACCUCCAAUUGGGUAUGACAGCAACAUUGGGCAUCUCACUCGAACCCAUCGCAACCGUCGCACCGCAGCUCGAAGCCCUCGAGGCAGAAAAAGGCACCUCGGGCCAGCUAGUCCGGCAGACGAGACAGAUUACGACGAAGGUGCUCGCGCAGCGGAUUAUCGGGAAUGCGUUUAACUUCCUGGCGAGCUUUGCCUCAAGUGAUCAGGAUGCGGUGCCGUUGAAGGCUUUCCGGGAUUGGUGGUCUAAGUUUGAGAGGAAGGUUGAGAUGGAUCCGUCAUUUUUGGAGAGGGAGGAUCCGAGUGCUAGUGGGUGAUGAUUGUUUCAUUUCUUUCGAUUAGGGGAGUUUUGUCUUGGGUUGGGUUUGGUUUUGCUUAGGAUUAAUUGGGGCGUUGUUUGUGUCACUAUUUGCUAUAUACCUGAUUUGCGGUAUGUUUACUUGCAUGGGUUAUGCUUGUGGGUAGAGUGUCUACCUUGACUGCAUUGCGUUGGUCUAUUGGCGUGCUUUAUAGUCGUCAAUCAAGAUUAAGGAUCUAUUUUUAUUGAAGAAUAGAAUGUAUGUGCCCAAAAUAUAUAUACAAU